GAAAAGUUGCAUCGUAUAUAGUCUAAUAAAAAAAAAACAAAAGAUUUCUUUGAUAACAAGAAAUAGGAUACUCCUAUUUAUAUAACUCUUCGUUUUCCCAAUCCCCUACAAAUUCGCACAUAUUUUUCUCUUAUAAAUUUAUACCCAAACAAUUCAACAGCUCAAAAAAACUCGCUUAAUCAAUUUGUGCAAAAAUCAUCAUGACUAACAAAGCUGAAUCUUCCGAUUCGAAAGGGACAAAGAGGGAUUUUAGUACAGCAAUUUUGGAGAGGAAGAAGUCACCGAAUCGACUUGUUGUAGAUGAGGCAACCAAUGAUGAUAACUCUGUUGUUGCUCUUCAUCCUGAUACUAUGGAAAAGCUUCAGCUUUUUCGUGGUGACACUAUCUUGAUAAAGGGUAAGAAGAGAAAAGAUACAAUCUGCAUUGCCCUUGCUGAUGACACCUGUGACGUGCCGAAGAUUAGGAUGAACAAGGUUGUCAGAAAUAACCUAAGGGUUCGACUCGGUGAUGUUGUCUCUGUGCAUCAGUGUCCUGAUGUCAAGUAUGGCAAGCGCGUACACAUUCUUCCCAUUGAUGACACUAUUGAAGGAGUCACGGGGAACCUCUUUGAUGCUUACUUGAAGCCCUAUUUUCUUGAAGCAUACCGACCAGUGAGGAAGGGUGAUCUUUUUCUUGCAAGGGGAGGCAUGAGAAGUGUAGAGUUCAAGAUUAUUGAGACCGAUCCUCCUGAAUACUGUGUUGUUGCCCCUGAUACCGAAAUAUUUUGUGAGGGUGAACCUGUGAGUAGGGAAGACGAGAAUAGACUAGAUGAAGUUGGUUAUGAUGAUGUAGGUGGUGUGCGUAAACAAAUGGCUCAAAUAAGGGAGCUUGUUGAGCUGCCACUAAGGCACCCACAACUCUUCAAAUCUAUUGGUGUCAAGCCUCCCAAAGGGAUUCUGUUGUAUGGACCUCCUGGUUCUGGAAAGACUUUAAUAGCCCGAGCCGUUGCCAAUGAGACUGGUGCAUUCUUCUUCUGCAUUAAUGGCCCAGAGAUCAUGUCAAAAUUGGCAGGAGAAAGUGAAAGCAAUCUCAGGAAAGCCUUUGAAGAAGCUGAGAAGAAUGCACCAUCAAUCAUUUUCAUUGAUGAAAUUGAUUCAAUAGCUCCGAAGCGUGAGAAGACAAAUGGAGAGGUUGAGAGGAGAAUUGUCUCCCAACUUUUGACACUUAUGGAUGGACUUAAGUCACGUGCCCAUGUAAUUGUUAUGGGUGCCACCAACCGCCCCAAUAGCAUUGACCCUGCCUUAAGAAGGUUUGGUAGAUUCGACAGGGAAAUAGACAUCGGUGUUCCAGAUGAAGUGGGGCGUCUUGAGGUGCUUCGUAUCCAUACAAAGAACAUGAAGCUUGCUGAAGAAGUUGAUUUAGAAAGAAUUUGUAAAGAUACGCAUGGUUAUGUUGGAGCCGAUUUAGCAGCUUUGUGUACCGAGGCUGCACUUCAAUGCAUCAGAGAGAAGAUGGACGUGAUAGAUUUGGAGGAUGAGACCAUUGAUGCAGAGAUUCUGAACUCUAUGGCUGUGACAAAUGAGCACUUCCAAACUGCUCUAGGGACAAGCAAUCCUUCUGCCUUGCGUGAAACUGUUGUUGAAGUUCCCAAUGUUUCAUGGGAGGAUAUUGGAGGUCUUGAGAAUGUCAAGCGUGAGCUCCAAGAGACUGUUCAAUAUCCAGUGGAACAUCCCGAGAAAUUCGAGAAGUUUGGUAUGUCUCCCUCAAAGGGAGUUCUUUUCUACGGCCCACCUGGAUGUGGGAAAACUUUGCUCGCGAAGGCCAUUGCAAAUGAAUGCCAGGCCAACUUCAUCAGUAUCAAGGGUCCAGAACUGCUUACCAUGUGGUUUGGAGAGAGCGAAGCCAAUGUUAGAGAAAUAUUUGACAAGGCCCGCCAGUCUGCUCCAUGUGUCCUGUUCUUUGAUGAAUUGGACUCAAUCGCCACACAGAGAGGAAGUAGCUCGGGAGACGCUGGGGGAGCUGGUGAUAGGGUUUUGAAUCAACUCCUCACUGAAAUGGACGGCAUGAAUGCUAAGAAGACUGUGUUCAUUAUUGGUGCAACCAACAGGCCAGACAUUAUUGAUCCUGCUCUUUUGCGGCCUGGUCGUCUUGACCAAUUGAUUUAUAUUCCUCUCCCUGACGAAGAUUCUCGUAACCAAAUUUUCAAGGCAUGCCUGAGGAAAUCACCUCUUUCUAAGGAUAUCGAUCUAAGAGCUCUAGCUAAGUUUACACAGGGCUUUAGUGGAGCUGACAUUACAGAAAUCUGUCAACGUGCUUGCAAAUACGCUAUCAGAGAAAACAUUGAGAAAGAUAUUGAGAGGGAGAGAAGGAGAAGUGAGAACCCUGAAGCAAUGGAGGAAGACAUUGAAGACGAGGUACCUGAGAUCACGCCUUCUCAUUUCGAGGAAUCAAUGAAGUACGCUAGGAGGAGUGUCAGUGACGCUGAUAUCCGCAAGUACCAGGCUUUUGCUCAGACAUUGCAACAGUCUAGAGGUUUUGGUUCUGAAUUCCGAUUCUCGGAAACCAGCACAGCAGGGACCACUGGCACUGCUGCUGCUGACCCCUUUGCAACUUCAACUGGUGCAGCAGAUGAUGAUGACCUGUAUAGUUAGGUUGUCCAAGUUUUUAUUUUCAUAUUUUGCAUACAUUGUGCAACUCUGUGAAAUGGGCUCCUAUUUAUUCAGCUGAUGAAAAACUUUUGAGUAGCAAAUUGGAAUCUCUCCUUUGAUAUGCUCUAAAAGUAUAAUUUAUGUUUGGAUCUUUUUGUUCUCACCUUGUAAUUUAUUUAUAUUUGGAUCCUUCCAUAUUUGUCGUUUAUAAUUCAGUUUUUUUAUA